UCUUUGACUAGCAAUUGGCACGCCUGAACCUCUUGAGGAGCAUAGAGAAGCAGACCCCAGAAGGAUCUGAGGUUGAAUAAUGCUUCCUGUGGUAGGGAAGGGAGGUGCUAAGAUCGCUCACAAGAUUUUUUUUUUCCUUCCACAAGAGCAGGCAUCCCGAAGACUGGAGCUGUCUACAAAUUAUUCUGACGCCAAUUCCAGUCUUCCAGACAGAAACACAAAAGGAGGGCGUGGGCUUAUACGCAAAUUCCUUUUCUCCAGUCCUUCCUGCAGAAGUUCACUGGGAUCUGAGACCCUGAGACUCUCUGAGCAGGGAAAAUGAUACACUUCAUCCCAGUGGCGACUUUCUUCUCCUGCUCUAAGCAGGGUGUUUGACCUUCUGGCCCACCGUGUCCCCUGUGCCCUGGCGCCAGCUGUGUCCCCGACCCCAGAAUAAAUCAGGGCUGCACGCAAGGCCUGGCAGAGCUCUCCGCACAUUUCCUGUCGAGGCCUAAGGGAAGCUGACGGGGGCUUCUUGGAGUUCGGGGGCGGGUGGAAGGGAAAGUCCAGCGAGAGUGAGGGCAGAAGGGAGGGGAGAGCGGACCGAGUGGAGUGAGGCAGCUGUAGAGGGCGGAGACCGCGCUCCACAGACGGCUGGGCGCCCUGGAGUGGGCCAGACCCGAGUUGGGAGCAGCUGUGCAGUGGGUGCGGGGCCUGCAAGAUGAGGCCGGCGCUCACCUUGUGCCUCCUCUGGCAGGCGCUCUGGCCCGAGCCGGGCGGUGGCGAGCACCCCACCGCCGACCGCGCGGGCUGUUGGGCCUCGGGGGCCUGCUACAGUCUGCACCACGCGACCAUCAAGCGGCUGGCGGCCGAGGAGGCCUGCAACUUGCGCGGCGGGGCGCUCAGCACGGCGCAUGGGGGUGCUGAGCUGAGCGCUGUGCUCGCGCUCCUGCGGGCAGGCCCGGGGCCGCGAGAAGGCUCCAAAGACCUCCUGUUCUGGGUCUCGCUGGAGCGCAAGCGUUCCCAUUGCACCCUGGAGAACGAGCCUUUGCGGGGUUUCUCCUGGCAGUCCUCCGACGCCAGCGGGUCCGAAAGCGACACGCUGCAGUGGGUGGAGGAGCCCCAACGCUCCUGCACCGCACGGAGAUGCGCAGCACUCCAGGCCACUGGGGGAGUUGAGCCCGCAGGCUGGAAAGAGAUGCUGUGCCACCUGCGCGCCAACGGCUACCUGUGCAAGUACCAGUUUGAGGGCUUGUGCCCUGCGCCGCGUCCCGGGGCCGCCGCUAAUUUGAGCUACAGAGCGCCCUUCCAGCUGUACAGCGCCGCGCUGGACUUCAGUCCCCCUGGGACCAAGGUGAGUGCGCUCUGCCCGGGGCAGCUCCCCGUCUCAGUUACCUGCAUCACGGACGAGAUGGGCGUGCGCUGGGACGGACUCCCCCCGGGCGCCGUGCUCUGUCCCUGCCCCGGGAGGUACCUGCGGGCUGGCAAAUGCGCAGAGCUGCCUGACUGCCUAGACGACUUAGGAGGCUUCGCCUGCGAAUGUGCCGCGGGCUUCCAGCUGGGGAACGACGGACGCUCUUGUGUGACCAAUGGGGAAGGACAGCUGGCCCCUGGGGGGACCAUGGUUCCCACCAGGUCCCCACCGGCCGCUGCAACAAGCCCUAUACUGAGGACGUGGUCACCCAGGGUCCACGAGAAACCAGGAGAGAUACCCCAUGUCCCUGAACAAGGCAGUUCAGCAACAACUACUCCUGAGAUUCCUCAGUGGGGAGUACAGAGCACUAUGUCUAACUUUCAAAUGUCCCCUCAAGUCAAGUCAAAGGCCACCAUCACCCCAUCAGGGAGCGUGAUUCCCGAGUUUAAUUCCACAGUUUCCUCUGCCAGUCCCCAAACUUUCGACUCUUCCUCCACCGUGGUCUUCAUGCUUGUCACCAUAGCAGUAGUAGUGUUGGUGAUCUUGACCAUGACAGUGCUGGGGCUUUUCAAACUCUGCUUUCACAAAAGCCCUUCCUCCCGGGCAAAGAAGGGGUCUUUGGCCGCCCCAGGCAAGGAGAGUGAUGCUGAGGCCACUGCUUUGAACUCCGAUUCUGCACAUGGCACAGACAGUGGGGCGAAGGUCAGGGACUGUGGUCUACGGGACAGAGAAGAAGGCAGCUCUCUGGCGGUGUCCUCUCUUGGUUCUGGCCAUACAUAGGGGAACAGGAACAUGGGGACUCCUGAUGAACCGAGUUUUUCACUUUUGAUAAAAAGGGGAAUGAACGGAGAAGAAGAACUUAUUUGUGGGACUGAACAUUCCUGCAGAAAUCCGGUUUCCUGUAAAUCUCUACUUCACUGAGAAACUAAAUCAGAACAGCACACUCCUUCCCUGAAGAUGGAGGAGGUGGAAGUGCCUUAUGUGGUACUGAGGGGCAGAGUCCUGCUGGGAAAGGUAUUUUCUUAUGUUUAUUCUGGAGAAUUUGGAGAAGUGAUUGACCUUUCAAGACAUGGAAACAAAUAAACAAUACAAUUAAUUUUUUUAAAAAUUUUUACCAAAUAGAAAAGAAAUCCAUUUGCAUUGUUCAGGCAGGGAAUAUGUUGGUUUGAAAUUCCCUGGCAAAAAAAUAAAGGAUUGUUGAUAACCCAGA